AUGGACGCCGUCACGCGACGUCUGCUCGUGCUCGCCUCCCUCGGCGUCCGCCUCCUCAAAUACACCGCCUGCCUCGUCUUCCUCGUCAACCUCCGCUCCUGGCCGCUUUCGUGGCACUUUCGCGUGUUCAGCCCGCUCAUCGCGCUGCGCCUCAGAUUGCACCUCCUGCGCCUGCGCCUCCUCUUCAAGCCGCGCCAUGUCAAGCAGCGUGCCAAGGCGCAGUGGCUCGCGGCGCUGUCGCCGGUGGGCAAGAGCCCAUUCGAUGUCACGGUAGCUUGGAAGGGCUGGGCGAGCCCCGACGACUGCGACUACAACCUCCACCUGAGCAACUCCUGCUACGCCAAGAGCUUGGACUCGGCGCGCCUCGCGCACGUGCUGAAGUGUUUCCCUACGUUCUUCCGCGCCGGAGGCUGGAUGCCGCUCGGCGGCACGCACUACACGUUUCUCCGCGAGAUCCCGAUUCUCGCGCGCUACGAGAUCCGUGUCCGCAUCGUGUCCUGGGACAACAAAUGGCUCUUCCUCGUCGCGCACUACGUCACCAAGUCCAAGCCCAGCAAAACGCAGAAGAGGGCGACGAAGCAGCCCGCCGCGGAGCACCGCCUGCCGCCGACGCCCCCCGAGCACGACGCGCGCGCCCAGCAGGCCCCCGUGCCCCUCCUGCACACGCCCGCCACGCCCCUCCUGCUUACAUCCGGGACGCCCGAGGACGCCGCCACCCCCGUGCGCGCCACGCCCGACGCGAAGCCCGACGCACACGCCGUCGCAGUCGCCGCGGCGCUGCGCAUGCACGCGGACCCGGACGACGACGUGACGCUGCACUGCGUCGCGGUGUCCGAGGUGUGCUUCAAGGUCGGGCGCAUCACCGUCCCGCCCGCGCUCGUGCUGACGUGCGACGGGAUGUGCGACGCGCGCGCGGCGGCCGCGGGCUCCGGCUCGAGCGACGGCGCGGGUGGCGAGGGCGACGACGCCGCCGCUGGAGAGGGCUUCUCGCACGCGCGCCCGCCGCCGUUCUGGGCGGAGGUAAAACGGCUGCGCGGGAGCGAGCUGGAGCUGGGCGGGCUGCGCGCGUUCUAUGCGGGCGGAUGGCGCGAGGUGGGCGCGCGCGAGGACGGGGGUGAGGACGGGGGCGCGCGGUGGUGGGAGGCUGCGCUGGGCGGGGAGGUGGAGGCGCGCCGGCGCGCGGGGAUGGCGGUCGUUGGCGCGCUGAAGACGGGCAUGGACGGUAUGGAGGUUGGGGCGCGCGGAAAAUAG